AUGGCCUUUGUAGAUUUUUCAGCGGCUUUUGAUUCUGUUGACCGAGAGCUGCUGUGGCAAAAAUUGGCUUUGACAAACAUAGAUCGAAGAUUGCUCUGGUUGAUUAGAGCUUUAUAUCAAACUAAUGCCAUCCAAGUCCGCCUAGGAAAUAAAGAACAUGCCAUUCUUUUUCAACUAGGCUUUUUUGUUCCGGUCUCCAGUGUUUCAUUAGAGGAAAAAAGUAACUGCUUAUGUAGGUGCCAAAUAUUUGAAAAAAUGACUACAGAUUUGCCUGAAGAACGUCGGCUUAUUGACAAGCUGUCUUAUGAGGCUUUUAAGUCCGGAUCUCAAAUUGAAUUGAAACAGUAUCUGUGUGGCUACAGGAGAAAAGACACUGAGCUAUAUCAAUUCAUUGAAACAUUAUUCUACCAUCCUCUGUUCAAGUCAAUUAUGAUCAGCACCAUCACAAUCAAUGCAAUAUUUUUGGCUAUAGAAACAGAUUAUAAAGUUCGCUAUGAGUCACAUUUCUUCCUGGAGGUGGCAGAUCUGAUUAUUUUGGCCAUCUAUACUUCAGAGUUUCUGAUGGACCUGUAUCUGGAUCCCAUUAAUUACUGGAAGGACGGUUAUAAACGAUUUGAUGCUGCUGUCCUUUUCAUAGCUUACCUCCCAUACACCAUUGAUAGAACCAAUCCUCAAAUGCACCAUACUGCAACAAUGCUGAAAGGAUUCCAGGUGCUCCGGGUCCUCAAACUUAUCUACUAUAGCCCAGGGAUGACGAUCCUGAUGGCAGCCCUGGGCCAAACUGCAAAAAAUGUGAUCUACGUCCUUGUCUUGUUGUUCCUGCUAAUGUUUAUCUUUGCAAUUUUGGGUCACGGUUUGUAUGGAGACCCUGAAAGAGGAGACGCACAUAACUGGGGCACACUGGCAGCUGCCUUUUUCACUCUUUUCAGUUUAGUGACGGUUGACGGCUGGACAGACUUGCAGGAUGAACUGGAUGACAAAAAAUUUGUUACAAGCCGGACAUUCACAAUCGUCUUCAUUCUCCUGGGAUUUUUUGUGUUUUUCAAUAUGUUUAUUGGAGUUGUCAUUAUUGAUAUUCAGGAGUCAACUGAGCAAUAUGAACAAAAGCUUAGAGCACAGAGGCGAGCUGCUCUGAUUGCAAAGAAGCAGGCCAUUUUGAGAAGACAACAAGAAGAAAUAAAUGAAUUGCUGAGUCAGCAGAGAUCAACUGAAUAUAAAACCUUUGAUGAAAUGGUGGAAAGCUUCAAAAAAACCCUGCUUCACUCAGAUCCUGUCAUCUUAGAAGAUUUUUGUUGCAGCCUGCCAUUCAUCGAUCUCUAUUUGACAUCCCUAGAUCGUCAAGAUGUCACAGUUUAUAAGCUGCAAGAACUCUAUUAUGAAAUUAUUGCUACUUUGACUACCCUGCUGCAAGAAUCAACUGAGAAGUCUCUGCAGUCCUUGCAGUCUUCUAAGGCGAAAUGUGGGUCAUCUGCUUUCACCAUGCCCAACUAAAAAGUUGUUUUCUUCCUAUUUGAAAAAUCUCUUGCAGACUGCUUAAUAGUUAAUGAAAUGAAUGGCAAAGCUCUCACAGAUUUCCAACAGAGCUAGGAUUUUUACUCAGUUUGUGUUCACAUCUUCAGAAAUGUAAACAUAAUUUGGCUGCUUUGCUAAUGUAUCCUUGUGUUUGCGGCUGUAUCUCUUUCAGUCUUUAUAGGCUUAGGUCAAACUGUUAGAUCAUAUCCUGUGAAUUUUCCUGAGGCCAUGUGGUAGCUGUUAACUGGUAAACCCAGAUGGGUUGCAAACUAACAGAGUUGUUUUGUGUGUGCUGGACAGUUUUUAUAUUGUUGUGGGGAAGGGGAAUGGUCCUGUGAUUGUGUGAAACUUUGCUUCUAACAGUGUGGAUGCACAAACAAGAGCUCCCCCAACCUGGUGCCUUCUACAUGUUUUGAUCUACAACUCCCAUCAGCUCCAGCCAGCAUGGGCCACUAGUGCUGAUGUGACUUGUACUUCAAAACGUCUGAAGAACACCAGAUUGAGGAAGGCUGAUUUAGGGCUCAUCCAAACAGAGCGGGAUAAUCCACGUUUUCCAUAUACAGUCCUCACUUUGCCUGUUUGUUCGCUCUUUCCCAAUAAAAAAACCUGCUU